AAGACCUGGGGAGGUGGGCAGGGGCGAGGGGGUUCCAGCAUGACAGCAAGACAUCCCCCUGCCUAGUGAGCACCAGUGGGGGCCCCUGAGGGCAGGGGCACAGGGCUAGGAGAACCCAGGUUUGGGCUCUCUUUCAUGAGGCAGAAAAUCCUGAUGCUUCCAAAGUGCCCACAGGGAAACAGGGUGUUGGUCUGCAGAGUGCCCCCAUGUCUGAGCCUUGAGCCCUGGAGGGUGACAUCUCUGGGGUCCCUGGGGGAUGGGGGGACAAGAUGGAGGCUGAGCUGGUGGGGUGGGCAGGUCUCUCCUCAUUUUAGCCCCAGAGGAAAGGCUGUGGCCAAUUUGCAGGGGGAGAAGACUGAGGCCUGAGGGGUGGGCCUUGCUCCAGCGGAGGUGGGGGCUGGCCUGGAACUCCCUGGGCCCCAGCACGUGGACAGGGUGCACCCCAGUUCCCCAGCCGUUAUGGGGUUCAGCUCCCCCCUGGGGCCUGGAGAUGGCUUCCCCUCUCUUUCCUGCCCCUCAUCUCCUGGACAAGGAUGUCCAGGGCCCUUCCUGGCUGGGCCUCCCUGACCGUACUUCUGGCCAGCCCAGCACAAUGCCUGUUCCUUCCCUGGGCCUUCCCUCUAGCGGUCCCUGCACCCUGGCCUCUGCAUGACCAGGAAGGCUGGGGAGAGGGGGCGUUGUCCCACCCUGACCCCGCCGACCUCUCUGUCCCUGCUUCCUCCGCCUCCCGGGCUGGCCCUGGCCCAGGAAUGCACUCUGGUUCCUGGUUGAGCAAUGUCACUGUGGUUUGGGGAUCCGGUGGGGGUGGUGGGAGGUGCCCGCAGCCCUCCCCACCCCCCAAAGGUGCCCCAGUAGCCCCUCCAGCUCAGGCUGGCAGGGGCUUCGGACAGGGGGCCUGGCAGGCUCUGUGGCUGUGCGGGCACGUGCCUCAGUUUCUCUGCUGUGCCAGAAGGGGUAAAGAGACCUGGGGAGGGCAAAGCUCAGCUGGAAAGGAAGCUGGGAGAAUGUGGGGGCUCUGGGGGGCUCUGGGGGUGGGAGUCCAGCCCCUGCACCCUGUGCCUUGCUGAGUCUGGUCAAAGGGGGCACCUCGGGGGGCCCCCACUCUCCCAGCCACCUCCUAGCUGGGCACCCUGAGGCUUGGGCAGGGCAGGGUGCAGGCCGGUGCUCCCAGGAGAGGAGGCGCUGUCAGCUCAGGAAGAGGGAAGCAGACACGCCACCAGGGAUGGGCAGAGAUGCAGGUGGAAGGGAAGCCCACUCCCUGAGGCCCAGUGGCAUUUCCGGGACAGCAGGCCCCAGGGGUAGACAGUCCGGUGGGCACUGUGUGCCAAGGGCUGGACGCAGGCCCUGUCUGCAUUCCCCACACAGAAGUCUUGUCCUGGGCAUUUGGCAUUCCAGUCGCUUCCCCUGAGCAGACAGGAAAGCCAAGCCCCCUCCUGGUCACCCCUGGUCACCCCUUGCCACCCCCUGCCCUGGCUUCAGCUGAGCUGGGAGUUGAACUUGGGUCCUGAUUGACAUUGCCUUGGGUCCCCCUCCGUCUGCCUCUGGUCCCCUUUAACCCCAGUGUCCUCUGGCUCUGAGGAUGCUGCGGUGAGCUGCGGCUGGGCGGGGCCCCAUGAAGAGGAGGUGAGUUGGGGUUCUGCCCUGGCCCCCUGCCCCACUAAGCCUGAUCCAGGGGAGGGUCCUGGGCAGGCCUGCACUCUGCUGUCCUGGCUUUGCUGGGAACCGGGGAGCAGCCAUGGGGUCCUGGGAGCCCUGCACCCCAGCUUCCCCCGGGAAGCCAAGCAGGCACCAAGUCCUCACACACAGGACGGGACAGGGUAGCCCUGGGCAUUGGCAGCCGGUGGGAGGGGUGAUUGUACCAAGGCUUUCAGGGGACAGGCGGUGGGAACAGCAGUGAGGGAGUUAACGGCCACCGCUGACUCCUCUCUGGCAGGAAAAACUCCCCAUAGACGCCCUGCUGCCUGGCGUCUUGCCAGGGCCAAGACGGGCUGAAAACUGGAAGUCCAGGCGGGUGGCCAGCUCUGCCUCUGAGGCGGGCGCUGGAGGAAGGCAGCAGCCCCGCUGCCAGCCGCCCGUCCACAUUCCCACCUGUCUGCCUGGCUGCCCGCUGUUCGCCUGGAAACCUGUCUGUCUAUCCAUCUGUAAUCCUGACUCUGUCCACUUGUCCAUCUGACCUUCCUUCUCUGUCCAGCCAUCUGGCUGUCAAUCCAUUUGUUUGUCUCUGGCUCCGGUCUAUCUGUCCAUCUGUCCCAUCAUCUGUGAGUCCAUCUGCUCACCUUGUUGUCCAUUCAUCCACCUGUCUCUCUGUAUAUCUCCGCCCACUGGUCUGUGUGCCCACUUACCUCCUCUCUCCCCCGGGGCCACAGAGCCAUGGCCCAGGGCCACGGGGCCACGAUCAGCAUGGUCCUGCUGGGGCUGGGGCUGGCACUGGCCAUCAUUGUGCCUAUCGUGGUCGUCUCUUGGCACCGCGUCCACUGUGGCCCCCAGGCCUUUGCCCAUGCUGCGGUUGCUGCGGACUCUAAAAUCUGCUCGGACAUUGGACGAGCCAUCCUCCAGCAGCACGGCUCACCCGUGGAUGCCACCAUCGCGGCUCUGGUCUGCACCGGGGUUGUCAACCCCCAGAGCAUGGGCCUGGGUGGAGGGGUCAUCUUCACUAUCUACAAUGCGUCCACAGGGAAGGUGGAGGUCAUCAACGCCAGGGAGACGGUACCUGCCAGCCACGUCCCGGGUCUGCUGGACCAGUGCAAGCAGGCCCAGCCUCUGGGCACAGGUGCCCAGUGGAUCGGGGUACCUGGGGAGCUCCGUGGCUACGCUGAGGCGCACCGCCGCCACGGCCGCCUGCCCUGGGCACAGCUCUUCGGGCCCACCAUCGCACUGCUCCGGGGGGGCCUCCGCGUGCCCCGCGUCCUGAGCCGCUUCCUGCACAGCAGCUACCUGCGCCCUUCCCUGCACGCAUCAUCCCUGAGGCAGCUCUUCUUCAAUGGGACGGAACCCCUGAGUCCUCACGACCCGCUCCCGUGGCCCGCGCUGGCCGCCACCCUGGAGACCGUGGCUGCGGAAGGCGCAGAGGCCCUCUACACAGGGAAGCUGGGCCAGAUACUGCUGGAGGACGUUGCCAAGGAAGGCAGCCAGUUGACCCCGCAGGACCUGGCAUCAUUCCGGCCUGAGGUGGUGGAUGCCCUGGAGGUGGCCCUGGGGAACUACACCCUGUACUCACCGCCACCGCCUGCAGGGGGCGCGAUUCUCAGCUUUGUCCUCAACGUGCUCAAAGGGUUCAACUUUUCCGCGGAGUCGGUGGCCAGGCCCGAGGGGAGGGUGAACUUGUACCAUCACCUCGUGGAGACGCUCAAGUUUGCUAGGGGGCAGAGGUGGCGGCUGUGGGACCCUCGAAGCCACCCGGAGGUCCAGAACGCCUCCCAGGACCUGCUGGGGGAGGCUCUGGCCCAGCAUAUCCACCAGCAGAUCGACAGCCGGGGUGACCACCAGCUCAGCCACUACAGCCUGGCCGGGACCUGGAGCCACAGGAUGGGCACAGCCCACGUGUCCGUGCUGGGGGAGGAUGGCAGUGCUGUGUCCGCCACCAGCACCAUCAAUACGCCGUUUGGAGCCAUGGUGUACUCACCGCGCACGGGCAUCCUCCUCAACAACGAGCUCCUGGACCUGUGCUGGAGGCACCCGCGGGGCUCCGGAGUCACCCCCCCUCCUGUUCCAGGCGAGCGGCCCCCGUCAUCCAUGGUCCCCUCCAUCUUGGUCAACGCAGCCCAGGGGUCGAAGCUGGUGAUUGGCGGGGCUGGCGGGGAGCUCAUCAUCUCUGCUGUGGCCCAGGCCAUCAUGAACAAGCUGUGGCUGGGCCUUGACCUGCAAGCUGCCAUUGCGGCCCCCAUCCUGCACGUAGACGGCAAGGGCCGGGUAGAGUACGAGCCCAGCUUCAGCCAGAAGCCCUUGGACUCCUUGCUUAUCACGUUGAGGCCCCUGGUGUCCUUGAUCCAGGACAGAAGUGAACCUGCAUCUCAGCUUCCUUCUCGUCCGGGCGAUGUCCUCCUGUCAUAUCCCCUGGAGCCCAGGCUUCUCCUCUGGGGCCUUUGGAGUGGGAGGCCGUAGACUCCAUGCCUGCAGACCAGGCUGCAUCCAGCGCCCCUCUGUCCUCUCCCAGACCGCCCCUGCCAGUCCUGCCUCCUCGGCCAGGGUCCUCAGCUCCCUGCCCGGGUCCCAGCCCCUCCAUGACCAGCCUUCUCUGCUCUCCAGGAGGUGAAGAAGGGGCUCCAGUACCGGGGCCAGAACCAGACCGAGAGGCCUGUUUUCCUGAACGUGGUCCAGGCCGUGUCCCAGGACGGGG